AUGGUUUUUGCUACUCCUAUUAACAAUGUUGGUGCUGCAAUUACAAUGUUUGUGAAUGUAUUUGUGUUCACAAUGCUAAGAACAAGUGUAUGUAACGCGCAAGCCGUGCCGGCCCUAUACAUGCUUGGGGAUUCGUUGGUUGACGUCGGAAACAACAACUACCUGCCACUUUCAGUAGCCAAGGCUAACUUCCCUCACAAUGGUGUUGAUUUUCCUAACAGAAAAUUUACGGGAAGAUUUAGCAAUGGCGAAAAUGCUGCAGACUUUAUCGCGAAAAAGUUGGGUUUACGAACAUCGCCACCAUAUCUAUCAUUAACCGAUGGCACGACACCACCAAUCACCGGAGUGAGCUUUGCAUCAGGAAGCUCGGGCAUACUUAACGAAACCGGUCAACCAUAUAUACAAUAUAUUUCAUUGGCACAACAAGUAGACUACUUCAGCUUGGUCCGUGACAAAUUGGUCCAACAACUCGGACCAUCUGUAGCACAGGUUCACCUCUCCAAGUCGAUAUUCCCAAUCGUUAUCGCAAGCAACGAUCUGAUUACAUAUUUCACCGUGGGUUCAUUAGUCUCUCGAAAAUACACACCACAACGAUAUAUUGAUCUUUUAUUGUCCAAUUACAAAGGCUUACUAAAGACAUUGUAUGCAUUGGGUGCACAAAAAAUGGUGGUGACAGGAGCUCCGACUAUAGGUUGUUGCCCAUCACUACGAAAGUCUAGUAGAACGGGUGAAUGCAAUGCUGAAGCAAACUUCUGGUCGAAGAAGUACAAUGAUGGCUUGAAGGUCAUGUUACAAGAAUUGAAGUCGGAAUCUCUAGGCUUGAACUAUGCUUAUUUUGAUAUAUAUAGUGCCAUGAUCAACCUCUUCCUUUCACCCGAGACAUAUGGGUUUACGAAUAUAAAAGAAGCUUGUUGCGGGCUUGGUUACUUGAACGCUGACGUGCCAUGCAUUCCGACAUCAACGUUUUGCCUAAACAGAAGAAACCACUUUUUUUGGGAUCUUUACCAUCCUACGGAAGUAGCUGCAAGCAUGUUUAUAGACAUCAUGUACAAUGGAACACAACCCUACAUGUUUCCCAUCAAUUUGAAACAACUUGCUGAUAUUUGA